AUGACUUGCAUGUUGCAAGACAAUGUAGCUAGGCACAGGGAUGCCAAAGGCAAAGGGGAUGUCAAAGGCACAAAGCUUGCAUGUCGCAAGGCGAUGUGCCUAGGCACGAGGGUGCCGAAGGCGACACAAACCUUGCAUGUUUGUAAGGCGAUGUGCUUGGGCACGGGGGUGCCGAAGGUGACACAAGGUGUGGCUAGGCACGGGGGUACCGAAGGCGACGCAAAGCUUGGAUGUCGCAAGGCGAUGUAG